AUGAAGUUCUCCGGAUUUGCAGCUCUCUCUGCCGUGGCACUUUUCCUUGCCCCUGCCAUUGCUGAGCCCAUUGCCAACCCUCAAAGUCUUGACGAAGCCGAAGCUGCCUACUCCAUCACUUGCACUGGUGGUCUUAGACCUGACAGGGUUUGCACCAACGGUAGAAAAACCAAUGGCUGUCGUUGCGAUAGCAGGGGCACUUACCUAUGUGACCCUUCCAGCCUGAGGAAGCCAGGUGGACAGCGAAAUGUUGACUGGACUAGGGAUCGAUUUGAGGAUUUUGAUUGGGGGUUUGAUCACAUAUUCAACAUAUGA